GCCACCAAUCGUGGCGACGCGUCAAUCUGUUUUUCGCCAUUCGUCCAAGUCAAGCGCCGCGUGAUAUCUAUCGAACAAUAUUGUUUGGGAUUUUACACUCUCAUUGUUUGUCGGUUAGAGUGAUUUGGCUAUCCUCUUGUGUUUACAUACUCUGCCAACUAGGAAGGGCGUUUAUUCGGUCCCGUGUUAUCAGUUAUUUAAUUUUUGUUAUUUAGUAUGAUAAGAGAAUAAUUAAGUGGUGGUCAACGGUGGUUUGACAACGAGUAUCGCAGUUUUGUUUCAUUCAGUAGUUAAACCACUAUUCGGCGGAUUGAUACCCUUUGAGCUGUAAUUGUAGUAAUGAGUUUGUGAAAGUGAGGUGAAGUUAUGCAACUUUAGAAGAAUUAUAGCUGAACCAGUGAUGUAAAAAGUGAAAUAUUACGCAGCACUGUUAUCAAAGUACUGUGUAAUUAAGUGACCAGAAGCGGUUCGGGAUCAAAGCUACAAGGAAUCUACCGAAGAAGCAAGAGAAUUAUCUCUUGGAAGUCAAACGUCGGGAGUGCUUAUCUCGAACUUAAGCCUUAAUUUUCUAUGCAGUGGAAACAAUUCGCUUCUAACGAAGGGUACCUCGUCAUUUAUUAGGAUAAGGAUCACAUUGGAAAAGUAGUGAUUAAAUAGUUACUGUGAAGAAAGUGUUCGUGUGUCCGUAGCUCAAAUCUAAAAGUGAUCAGAAAACAACGGCGGCAAAUCCAAAAGUAAUUACAAUACAACAUCUACAAUAAAAAAAAACGCACAACGAUGUCCACCGCCAAUGCCAAUGAACCAGUUCGGUACGGUGCCAUGUGCCGGACCGCCUUCCUUGCGUUGUUCAUGUCCCUUCUGGUGCACGUGGGACAUGGCGCCGUCGUAAUACAGAAGUAUCCAUCCAUCGCCGACAACCGGCUGCAAGCUGAACUUCCACCAAGCUGUCCAAGCGAAAUCUACUGCCAUGGCAAGCUGCUCGAUACGGUGCAGAUGGCGAGCCUUUACGCCGACUCGAAAACCUUUGUCGACAUGAAGAUGAAGAAGACGCCCAACGAGACGCUGGCCUCGUUCAACGAUUUCAUGGAGCAGCAACAGAACUCCCCCAGCAAGGAGGAUCUGAAGCAAUGGGUGGAGUCGAUGUUCGAGAAACCGGGCGCCGAAUUCGAGGAGUGGAUCCCCGACGACUGGAUCGAGAACCCACGCUUUCUGCAGAACAUCAAGGACCUGGACUUGCGCGGUUUUGCCAAGAAGCUGAACGCCGUGUGGCACGAGCUGGGUCGGAAAAUGAUUGCGGAUGUUGCUAUCAAUCCAGAACAGUAUUCCAUCAUACCCGUUGACCAUCCGGUAAUUGUACCCGGAGGUAGAUUUAGAGAAUUCUAUUACUGGGACUCAUACUGGAUUGUGCAAGGACUGUUGCACUCGGAAAUGAAUAAGACGACGCGGGGAAUGUUGGAAAACUUCCUUUCCAUCGUCCAGCGGUACGGCUUCAUUCCUAAUGGCGGUCGCAUCUACUACAGCAUGCGGUCGCAACCUCCGCUACUAUGUGGAAUGGUCAAAUCCUACGUGGAUGCUACCAACGAUACCCAAUUUGCAAUCGACUCUGUUGAGACCCUCGAGCGGGAAUUCGAGUUCUUCAUGAACAAUUACAUCGUGGAAGUGAACGGACAUCAACUAGCCGCCUAUGGAUACAAAUCAGCAGGACCACGGCCCGAGUCCUAUCGAGAGGAUGUGAUCAGUGCUCAAGUAUUCGAGAAGGAAGAAGACAAGCAGGAUUUCUACUGCGAGCUGAAAGCAGCGGCUGAGAGUGGAAUGGACUUCUCCAGCCGAUGGUUCAUCAAGGACGGAACGAACCAGGGCAACCUAACAGACCUGAAGUGCCGAUCGAUCAUUGCCGUAGAGUUAAACUCGAUCCUUUACUGGAACGCAAAAAUCAUUUCUGAGUUCUAUGCACUUAAGAACGAUGUCCGGAAGGCGCAACAGUACGAUGCCAAAGCGGAAGACAUCAAGAAAGCUGUCAAUGCCGUACUAUGGAACGAGGAGGACGGAGCCUGGUUGGACUACGAUCUGAUCAACAAGAAACAUCGACACUACUUCGUCCCGACCAAUCUGUCCCCGCUCUGGACUGGAUGCUACGAUAAGGAUGACACUAGCCUACCGAAAAAGAUUUUGGCGUACAUCGAGAAAAAUGAACUGGACAAGUACCCGGGAGGGGUGCCGAACACGAUGGCCGACACCAACGAACAGUGGGACUUCCCGAACGUGUGGCCACCGAUGCAGCAUAUGCUGAUCAUGAGUCUGGACGGGCUGAACAGCGCCGACGCGAAGGAGCUCGCCUUCAAGUGGGCCCAGCGGUGGGUGCGUGGAAACUUCAUUGCUUACAACGAAACGCAGGCCAUGUUUGAGAAGUACAGCGCAGUCGAGCUGGGUGGCCACGGAGGCGGAGGCGAAUACGAGGUCCAAACCGGGUUCGGCUGGUCCAACGGUGCCGUCAUGGAUCUGAUGAACAAAUACGGCGACCGGCUAACGACAGUUGACGGAGAUGACAGCAAAGGUGACGGAGGUGCAUUGGUUUCGUAUUCGGUAAACACGGGCAUCAUUGCGACAAUUGUCGCAUUCGUCGUUGGAUUAUUCGGCAUAUUUCGCCGAUUUUUCGGCCGGUAAAGCCACUUUGAGUGCAUAUUGCUUAAGAACCAAGACUAUUUUUUAUAAUAAAUAAUUUUGUAUUUAAAAUCGAAAAAUAA